AUGGCAUCACAAGCCAGCUUGCUUGGGGCCAAGAACCAUAUGCUGCCAUCCAAAAUAGUUUUCAAACAGAUGAGCUUCCAUUUUAAGUUACAUGACAUGCUUAAAGAUGUCCCCCUCUUGACUUACUGCGUGUUGAUAUCUGGUCCAGCUUUAUCAGAGAUCUUGAGAAAUAUUGACAGUCAAAGAGCCCAAGAGACAGCUCAGGACAGCUCAGCUUUAUCCACUCUCGCUGGCGGCUGUCCUUGUUCAGGCCGUGUUCAACUAUCCAAGGGGAGCUUGAAAAGGUAUAAAUAUGGAGUCAUUUCGCCGACCUGA